GGUCGGGGGGCGUGGUCUAACGGUCAAGGGGGCGGACUCCAGGCCCAAAGGUUCUCCAUCAGACCCCAAACAUCCUUUACAGAUGUCUGACCCCUACCGGCUUCUGAUGACUCUUCGCUUUGGCUAAAAGUGUCUGAUUAAUGACUAGGCUGUAAAAAGUAAUAGAUGUUAACCAGUGUGGCGAGGGUUUGUGACGGGCUGCCAGGGCGAUAAGGGGAGGAGGGGCGAGAGGUUUGAGCGAGGGACCAUUAGCGGUUAUAAAUGGAUGGAGCUAGAAUUUAAUUUGAGCGGAAAAAUCGUUGAAAGGGACAUUCCGUAUCACUUUUGAAUUACGAGGAUAAAUGUGUGUCGGAUCAUAAGAUUCCUCUACACACUGAUAGCGGAUAAACAGUUUGCCUACAUUUAUGCACUACAACCGACCAGUGGGGUAGCCAUUUCACACUCGUCUUAUGACUGAUAUGAGCUGAAAUAAAGUCGAUGUGUUGCAGGCAUGUGAUCCCUGGAUCUACCUCAUCACAAAGCCAUGAAUCCAGAUCCCUGUGUGUGCUUGACUGCAUGGUGUGUUCAUGUGUUGCAGUGUGGCCACGGCUUUGCCAUGAAUGAAAACGGACGGUGCACCGACAAAGAUGAGUGCAGCCCGUUCCCGUCGGUUUGCCCCCCGGACAGGCCCGUCUGCACCAACACCUACGGCAGCUUCAAGUGUCGGAGCAACAAGCGCUGCAGCCAGGGCUACAAGCCCAGCAGCGAUGGCUCCGCCUGCGUGGGAUAACCUUUGCUUGGAUGCGCUGCUAUACGACACACCCACUACCACACCCACACGCACAUACUGCGCACACAACUCACACACUCGGACCCUGCACUCCACAUCCCUCACACACACACGCACAUACUGCGCACACAACUCACACACUCGGACCCUGCACUACACAUCCCUCACACACACACGCACAUACUGCGCACACAACUCACACACUCGGACCCUGCACUACACACGCGCACAUACUGCGCACACAACUCACACAC